GUUUGGUCACAGUCAGGUGGUAAAGCCUCUGGGACAGACAUGAAGGACCCACAACUCCCUGGCAUCAAAACACGGCUAUGGCCAAAGCCAAAAAUGAGCAAAAAUGCCAAAGACGACUCCACAAAAGUGGAAAAGUCAGCGUCUCUCCUGGCUUCUGCUGCCAACAGUGUCAUCCCACAGCUCACCGAGGCAGAAAGAGUCAAGCAGACUCCCAUCGAAAGGGUCAUCUAUGACAUGGCGCACAACGAGAGGAUAGUCAGGGACCUGAUGCUCGGUCGGCGGGUUGGGUUUUAUGAGCUCCGUGGAGAGGUCGGCCAGGGAAACUUCUCAACAGUGAAGCUGGGCAUCCAUGCCUUGACUAAAGAAAGAGUUGCUGUUAAAAUUGUUGACAAGUUGCGCCAAGACAAGAAAAGCCAGUCUUUGGCCUCCUGUGAGAUCAGCUGCAUGGAGAAGCUGAGCCACCCCAACAUAGUGCGCCUUUAUGAGGUGAUAGAGACCACCAGAAGGCUGUAUCUGGUGAUGGAGUAUGGCAGCGGCGGGGACCUGUUCUCCAGAAUCACCACCAGGGGGAAGCUGAACGACCAGGAAACGAAGCUGGUGUUUGCGCAGAUCAUCUCCGCCGUGAAACACAUGCAUGACAAGAACAUUGUGCACAGGGAUCUUAAAGCCGAGAACAUCUUCUAUACCACCAGCUAUUGCAUCAAGGUUGGGGACUUUGGUUUCAGUACAGAAUGCGGCCCUAAUGAGCUACUCACUAGUUUCUGUGGCUCCCCACCUUACGCUGCACCUGAACUCUUCAGGCAGAACGGCUACGUUGGACACUAUUCGGACAUCUGGGCUCUAGGUAUUCUCUUGUACUUCAUGGUGACAGCAACUUUACCCUUCUAUGGAGAUAAUCUUGGGAGGCUGAAGCGCUGCAUCCUGCAGGGGUCUUACAGCAUUCCUUCAUUUGUACCUGAUCCGUGCCAGCUUCUCAUUAAGGGCAUGCUGCGGAUUGUGCCUGUGGACCGCUCCUCCAUCACACAGAUUACAAACAGCCCUUGGCUGAAGGGGAUAGAGUAUCCUCGCCCAUAUGUCUCUUUACCCACAUCUCCAGCCCACUUUGCCCAGGCCAAUCAGACUCUGAGUAUGGAGGAACAGGAGGUAAAGAAUUUCCUCUCUGGUUUAGGCAUUUCAAAGGUUCAUCUGGAAAACAAUCCAUGUUUAGACUGUAGAAGCCCGCUGACGGGGACCUACAGGAUCCUCCUGCAUCGGGCUCAGAAGAGGAGGCUUGUGGAGACCGUGGGAUACUCGGCGCAUCACCCUGAUGAGUACGGGAGUCCUAGCAAAUGGUCGGAGGCAUCUGUUGGCAAACACCUUCCCUCUGCUGUCUGUGUGAUACUAUAAUAUAAAUUAACAGUAACGGACACAUGCCUACUCUGACUUUUUGUGCUAGAAUCCACAACAAUAGAGCAUUUUAUAUGUCUUUUUUUUCUGAUUCUGUUACCCUUAAACUCAACUGAAAAAGUUAUUGACUGAGAAUAAAAGGGCAAACAGUGUCAAAAAAACAUGAGCUGCAGUUGUUAUUGGAGACAACUGCAUCAUUUUAGCACUGCUUUUCCAUGCUCAGGGUCUUCUUCUUUUAAAUUUAAAUGAAUGUAGUUGAUGCUGUCAUUAUUCCAGGGACUGAAAUGUUUCUAAUGGGAAGUACAGUGGCCAAGUGUUCAUGGGAGUUAGGAAGCAUAGCUGCCUACAAAUAGCUAAAAUCAGUGAAUACUUGAGACUGUCCCUAAAAAUGCUUUAAACUACGGUACCUGUUUCAAUAGUUCACACAUCUCAAAUAGACCAUAAUGCACAGCAGAAACUAUCUUAGCACUAAAGCAUCAACUAAUAUUUACUGUCUUUCUUAUUUCCCCUCUUGUGGAUAUAGUUGAUCUGUGCCAAGGAAAAUAAAUGAUGCUCCUGGAUGACAACCAAUAAUGCAUCAAAUAUUUAUUAGAUACGUCAUCAUCCAAUGCUACAUUUUCUUUUGACUAUUAUAGAUGUGCUCUGCAAAAUAAAAACCGCAAACAAGCUGUUUUUUCUGCAAAUACUUAUAAACCAUAUAAACACAUCAGAGUUUUGUCACAUGUGGAUCAAAUUGACCAAUGCAUGGAGGAUGAGGUCUCCCAAGUGAUGAGCUGCAGCUUUCUGUUCUGAUUACAACAAGCUUACUGACUCAGAACAUUAUCUCUGAAUCCCUCUUAGUCAGGACAUAAACCCCCAGAGUAAUGCAAGGCCACCGGUAAUGUUAAUAGGGGAGACACAGACAACAUGCUUUUUUCCAAUUAAAUGAAAGUUAGAUGUUAGCGACACAUCCAGGAAACGAGGCAGAUAAUUUGAGUGGACAGUUCAUGGAUUCAGAUUAAUGCCUGUGCAUGCAUGAGAGUAAAUACAGAACCUUCCUCACAGCUACAGACACAUCGGGUGCACAUACAUUGUUCUGUGAUUGUCUGUUUGAUGCUUUGUUUUGCCAUUUGUUUUUUGUUUUAAGUAAACAUUGAUGAAUGCUUUUUGAACACUGCAUUGUUUUCAAUGCCACAUGUCGCCAUAUGAUUAAUGUUAUGACAGAAGUUAGGUGCAUUCAUCAAAAUGGUUCGCUCUAGGAUGUAAAAUGUUUCAGUUUUUGCUUUAAGCCUGAAGGAUCAAUAAAACUUGAUACUUGUGGAGACAGUCUGGGAAAUUUUGGACUGAAUGCUGAAAAAGGACACGUAUGCAUUCUUCGUCCUUUUUUCUCCCAAAUUUUAUCUCUAGAUUUUAAACUGAUGUUCUUUCCUUCACACCUCUUGUACCUCACAUUUGGGAUUUGCCUUCAGGGAUUUAACCCAAGCGUGACUCCCUCCCAUAAUCAUCAGCCCCCAGUUUACUGCCAGUUCUGACAGGGUCCGCAGGCACCUGUUCUGUCAUAAAGCCAAUUGUAACAACUAUGGGUUUCGCAAUGGAGUAUUAAUCCUUCAGCCUGCUGCCUGUUCGCACAUGAACAUAUAAACAUCUCAAUGGUAGGAGCCAAUGCUGAGAUAUUAUCAUACUCUGUUUAAGUGCCAAGAUGUUUUUGAAUGGCUGUUUAUUUAGAAAAACCCGUUCUUGCUCAAUGUUGUUUCGACUUCAGAAAAAUUUAAUCUGCAGGAUUGUCUGCACAGUCAUCCUUAGACAGGAUGUUAUGGUUUCAUGUGGUGUCACUGAAAAGCAAACUUUAGAGAUAGCAGCAUCCAUCUUCAGCAUUUCUUUGCAAAAAAGUACAAGGCAAAGAAAGUAAUGAAUUCAGAGCUUUAUAUCUAGACAAUUAAACUAGUAAGAAGAUUAGAUCAGUUAGCCUGACUGCAAGUUUGAGGGAUAUACUUAUAUAAACUACCUAAAAAGGAAUGUAAAUCUUUUUGAUUUUGUUUACUAAUGCAUAACUGAAAAUAAAAUGGGACGCUGAAAACCUAAA